AUGGCUCCCCAAACCGAAGAGAUGGACUUCAUGUCCAAGUUCAUCACCACCCACCGCGUCCCCGAAGAUGCCCGGCGACACUUCGCAUCCGUUGAAUGGACCAACAAACACCUGUCCAAUCCUCUCUACAAAGCCAUUCCUACCUUUUCGCGCGUCCUCAAGGACUCCGGCGAAGACUACUUUUUCUCUCGCACCGUCAGCUCGCCCUCAACCAUCCCUCAUCUCGUCACGCUGCAGUUGAAGGACUUCCCCAAGUGUCCAGAAACACCCAAAGGACAAUUAAAACUGAGAACAACCCACAAUGAAGUCACUCAGGUGCCCGCGAACCCUGACUGCAUCAUGCUCUUGCAGCUCGGUCGCCCCGGGCUAGAUGGUCAUCCCUCAGUUAUCCACGGCGGCAUGGCCUGCGCCAUUCUCGAUGAAAUGAUGGGGCUUUGUGUGAUGCUGCACCACCAGCACAUCUCGGGCCCUCGGGAUUCUCUUUUUACCGUCAGUCUGAAUGUCACUUACCGCGCUCCCGUACCGACCCCGGGCGAUGUGCUCGUCAGGUGUUGGCUCGUGGGAAGAGAAGGUCGCAAAUGGCUGUCGCGGGGUCAAAUAGUAGACAAGGACGGCAAGGUCAUGACUGAGGCCGAAGGGAUGUGGGUUCUGGCAAAGAGACAGGAAAAGUUAUAA